AUGUACCGCACCGAGCCCCUCGCCGCCAACCCCUUCGCCGCCGUCUUCGCCCACCUCCUCAACCCCGCGCCCGAGCGCGGCGGCGACGAGGCCGAGCGCACCCCGCUCUCAGGCUUCUUACCUCCCAUAACUCCUCCAGAAAAAUUCUUUCUUUCUCAACUGAUGUUGGCCCCCCCUAGAGAACUGUUCAAGAAGACUCCUCGGCAGAUUGCUUCCAUGGACGUGGGGAACAUGGCCCAGUCAGUGGAUAUAAGUGGGCUUCAGCUGGCAUUAGCAGAACGUCAGUCUGAGUUGCCAACGCAGAGCAAGGCCAGCUUCCCCAGCAUUCUCAGUGAUCCUGACCCAGAUUCUUCCAACUCUGGUUUUGACAGUUCCGUUGCCUCCCAGAUCACGGAAGCCCUAGUGAGUGGACCAAAACCUCCUAUAGAAAGUCACUUUCGACCAGAGUUUAUUCGACCACCACCUCCACUCCAUAUAUGUGAGGAUGAGUUGGCAUGGUUAAAUCCAAUAGAGCCAGAUCACACAAUUCAGUGGGAUAAAUCAAUGUGUGUUAAGAACAGCACUGGAGUUGAGAUAAAAAGAAUCAUGGCAAAAGCUUUUAAAAGCCCCUUGACUUCCCCCCAGCAAACACAGCUCCUUGGAGAACUGGAAAAGGACCCCAAGCUUGUUUACCAUAUUGGUCUCACUCCUGCCAAACUGCCAGACCUGGUUGAAAAUAAUCCUUUAGUAGCUAUAGAAAUGUUGCUGAAACUGAUGCAAUCUAGUCAAAUAACAGAGUAUUUUUCUGUCUUGGUCAACAUGGACAUGUCCUUACAUUCAAUGGAAGUCGUAAAUCGGCUUACUACUGCAGUUGAUCUCCCACCUGAAUUUAUUCAUCUUUAUAUCUCCAAUUGUAUCUCCACCUGUGAACAGAUUAAAGACAAAUAUAUGCAGAACCGCCUGGUACGUCUUGUCUGUGUCUUUCUUCAGUCUUUAAUCAGAAACAAAAUUAUUAAUGUACAGGACUUGUUUAUAGAAGUGCAAGCAUUCUGCAUCGAGUUCAGUCGGAUACGAGAAGCGGCUGGUCUUUUCAGAUUGCUGAAGACACUAGACACUGGGGAAAAUCCAUCAGAGACAAAAACAUCAAAAUAGAACCACUGUGAUUCUGGAAAAAAAGCCCCAAACCCUGCCAGCAUUCUGUACCAAUUAAUUGUAUAUUUUAAACUUAAAUCACUGGAUUAAUGAUGUAAUACAUUAUAAAUAGCAUUUUGUGCAUUUAAACAAUAAAUACUGCUUUUUCUGAUA